GAAGGAAACUCGUCCAUGUUCGUUGUAAACCAUGUGUCCGAUCGCUUUCCAGAACAGAUUGGGACGCUGUUGGGCACGGCGCAUAAUCCUUCCUCCAAGCACGUCUUCCGCAAUGCGACGGAGAUCAGCCAAGGUGAUCCUCAUGAGGAGCUGAUAGCAGCGGCGUCGCGAGCAAUCCUUGCGAAGAACUCCCGAUGGGACGGCGAGGAGCUUCUGCAGCCACAGCAGUUCACUUUCAGCAGAAGUGCUGCUCUUCGCAACCAGUACGUGAAGUGCAGCUGGAGGGAAGAGCAAGGCUUGUGGUCUCCGGGAGGUGCGGACUGCUUGCAGCUGGGCACCAUGUCUUUGGAGCUGGACACGGGCAGCAGGUGGCUCCUGGUCGUCGUUUUGCCCGAUGGCGCCCUCAAUGCAAACGCUCUCUCCUCUGAACAUUCAGCGAGCUCGGAGAUCGAGCUCAUGACCAGCAACACCCACGUCAGUGUCAACGAGGCUCGCAUCUCGGCGUCGCUGAUCUUCUUCGGCAUCGGCUUCAUUUGCGUGUUCAUCAGUGGAACGUUGGCCUGGGCGGUGUCGGACCCCCUCCAGCGCAUGAGUAAUGAUAUGCAGCGCUUCAGCGAGAUCGUUCGCGAUCCUGACUGUUUCAUGCCAAGGAGUGGGCGCCACUUGGAUGUGGCAGCCUAUGAGUGCUCAUUUAGAAAGCUGCUCUGUGGAAUCUCUGCCUUCUCGCGAUUCAUCCCUGAGGCAGUGGUGCACCGCAUCGUGUAUGGAGAGUGUGGAGCAACGCGACUCCAUGUAAAGCAUCGGGUGGUCACAAUCAUGUUCUCCGGGAUCCGGGACCUGAACCGUUUGAAGCUGAGCGAAGAGGAGGUGGCCGAGGUGAUCAAGAGGUUCCAUAUCAUCAUGACGUCGAUCGUGGAACAGAAUGACGGUUCCAUUGGAGAGAUUCUGGACGACGGCCUCUUGGUCUACUGGAAUGCCUCCAGCGACAUCGAGGACCAUGCUAAGAAAGCCUGCGAAUGUGCCCUUCAACAGCGAAAGGGUAUGACAUUGCUGCGUGCCGACAUCGCAGAUCACUUGGAGAGCUUAGGUUGCGACGGUAGCAUGCCG